AUGUUAGUUUUUUGUGCAUUUUUUAUUUUUCUUACUCUUCAAUCGACAAGAGCUAGGUCGAGUAAUUAUGUUCCACUGAAUGGUUGUGUAUGGUCUGAUUGCAAUGUAACUGAUUUUAUUCCACCUAUUGGAAAUUAUUCAAUUGAUUGUUGUAAACUUGAAGUUCCUCUCAAUUAUGCAAAAGCAAAUGGAACGAAGAUUUCUAUAUCAAUGUCACGUCUCAUCCCUUUCGAUAAGAAUUAUACAACAAACAAUACUCUUUUUUUUCUAACAGGUGGUCCCGGUUCAUCUGGCUGGACUGCCAUUCAAUAUAUACCAUUACUUUUUCCAUCAAAUUAUGGUAUAACUAUUAUACUAUCUGAUCAUCGUGGUGUUGGAUUAUCAACUCCAUUGACUUGUGAUGAUCAUGGAUCACAGAAUCUAACUAUUGAUUGUAUUUCUUAUUUAACUUCAAAAUGGAGUAUAGAAGGUUUAAAUCAAUUUUCAAUUACUGCAGCAGCUCAUGAUUUAGCAGUUCAAAUUCGUUUUUAUCAAACUAUUAGUUCUGGUCGUAUAUCUAUCUAUAGUAUGAGUUAUGGAACAGUAUGGCUCGAUCGUUUUCUUCAAAUCUAUCCAAAUUUGAUUCACUCAGCUAUUAUGGACAGUGUUAUUCAUUCGCAACUUUUUUCUAUGAGCCGUUAUGAUCUUUGGACAUCAUUAGUUGCAUCACGGUUUUUAGCUUAUUGCCAAUUUCAACCAGAAUGUAGUCGACAUUUUCCUAUUCAUGAGCCACCUCAAAUAAUGUUGUCUAAAAUACUUAAGGAAUUAGAUCAAAACAAGCAACGUUGUAUUAAUGAUCAUUUUUUGCAAUAUCAUAUAACUGCUGACAAGCUUCGAGGUUUAUUUCGUGGUAUGAUGUCAUCGAGUAUAUCGUUUUAUACUCGAACUGUUAUACCAGCCGUCAUCUUUCGUUUAAAUCGUUGUAAUCAAGACGAUGUAAAAAUACUAAAUUUUUUCUUUAAUACUACUUUUGGAAUAUCAGAAAAUUUAAGAAAAAAUAGUUCAACUUCUCCACCAGCGCUGUACGAUUCUCUUGUACUCGGUUUUAAUAUAAUUCAAUCAGAACUUUGGUUAAGUAAAGAUGAAGAGGAAGUUGAUGAAGAGACGCUGUUAGCUUGGCAUAAUUCAACAUUAAUGGCUCUAGAAAAUCUAAAACUUUUUACAUCUUUACGAUCUAAAUGGCCUAAGUAUCCAUUGGAUGAAUAUUAUCAUAAAGUAGCGAUGAAUUCAAAUGUAUUGAUGUUAUCAAGUCAAUUAGAUCCAGCAGCAAAUCUUGAUUAUGCUACUCAUCUUGCAACAAUGACAAGCAAAACACGAACAUUUUAUGUUUUUCCAUUGAUUGGUCAUGUUACCAUUCUUAUAGCAUUAGCAGAUUAUAAAUGUCCAUUAAAACUUAUGUGUUCAUGGGCAUUUCCGAAUUCAUUUCCAUCUGAUUGGAAUGAUCCUAGUUGUAUUCAGGAAUUUCCAACGAUAAUAGAUUUUGUUGGAAAUGGCGAAAAAGAACAACAGUCUUCGAUGAAAUAUCUGAAUAUAUCGAGACCGUUUGAUGAUCUUAAAUUAACUAUUCCGUCAACUUCAAGUGUUCGUUCAAUAAAUGCAUAUAACGUUUUCACAUAUUUUGUACUAGCGUCUCUAACAUUGUUUAUCUAGAGUGGAUGUACGAUUAAAUUUUGAUCUAAUAAAUGAUUUAUUUACAAUAAAAAUCAAAUUAAAGGUCUCAAUCUUGGGGGGAAAAGCGGAGAUUUCGUCCGUGAAGUGCCGAAGUCUUUUGAAGUUCUUGUGAGUCUUCUGAAGUCUCGUGAAGUCUUUUGAAGCCCUGUAAAGUCUCUCAAAGUCUUAAGAACUCUCACAAUAUUUUUAAAGUCUCAACAAAUCCGUUAAGUCUCAUAAAUCCAUGAAGUCUCUUAAAGUAUUUGAACGCAUUUUAAAGUCAUGUGAAGUCCCAUGAAAUCUUUUAAGGUCUUGUGAAAAUCUGAAGGCUCUAUGAUUGAAGUUCGAUGAAGUCUGUUAAAGUGUUUUGAAGUCUUGAAACCUGCUUUUUCUCCCUAGCUCUCAGCACAUUAAAAGAUCCACUACGUUUAAUUACAUAGAAAAAAACAUGCUUUCAUAGCUGAUUUUAUAGAAUUAAACCCAAUGGUUUUCUUUCAUUGCUAUUUAUGUUCCCUAAAGUUUGAAAUAGCAUCAAUAGACAUUGCAGUGAUAUCAUCAAAUUUUAAUCUCCCGAUCAAAUGAAAUUUUUUUGUACUAAUUAUUUCAUUUUUGCUGCAAUAUCAUAAGUCUAUUAUUGAAUUCGAAUGUCAUCGAAUUCUAUAGAUGGACGUAAACAGUAUUCAACAGUUCUCCUCAGAGAUGGAACUGGUCUGAUCGGUCCGACUGGUAAAUACUAUUUCGACCAGUAAAUGCCCGUCUCUCAGCAACUGAUCGAUUUAUCUACUGAAACUUUGUUCUAUGGUGAACUCGCGUGAAUUACUAACUUAUAUCAUGAGUAUGAGAAAUUUGAAUGAUACUGUGAAAAUGUUCAAUAUGCGACUUUCCAUUAAAAAACGACAAUACAAUAGGGUAUUAAUACAUUGCAUCAGAUGUCAUAACUCAGUUCAUUAUCUUUUUUCAUAUAUAAUACCGUUUGGACAGGUAAAUACCGAUCUACUGGCAGUCCGGCACAGGUUCCACCUCUAGUUCUCCUGACGAUCAUAAUCGAUAUGAAGUAACUAAACAGAAGAUUCUGAAUAUUCAGUCAAUGCGAAAAUAUAACAAAAAAAAACAGAAAUUUAUUGUUAGAAGAUACUUGAAAAACAUGAUUGUAUUAGUCGUUAGACAAACACAGUGAUGUCAUUGUUUAAUUUAUCCACUGAUCGAGAAAGAAAUCAUCAUCACUAUAUGAAAUGAGUGAUUGGAAAAAAUAUUUUUUUCUUUUAAUUGACGCAAAGAUUUUAUUAAUUGGAUUUCAUUGUCAAAGAAAUGCUAAUUUUACAAUAAGAUAAGACAGUACGAAGUAUAAAGACCUUUGCAAUAUCCCACAUUUACAUAUUCAAGAAAUCCAAAAUAGAAAAGAAUUACAGACAAGGAUGGGGGCGCAUAAGAUGUGAAAUCUGUCUAUUGGUAUUUUUCCUAUUAAACCCUAUUGAAUUAUAUAUCAGUGGAAAGAGAAAGUUGAAACGAACAUCGUGGUGGUAAAUUCAUGAGGUUUUCAUCGAACUUUGAAGGUGAAAUAUACAAUUAUUGUUGGGU